UGACGGGAUAAAGAGAAGAAAAGGCUGCCCGCGUGACUGGCUCGCGUUCAUUGUGUGGAGGAUGUGAGGCAGCGCGAGAUGCCAUGGCAGCGGCGGAUGCAGCAGCAGCUAACGGGCCGGAGCCUCCCGGUGUUCCGGUACCCAAGGCGUUUCCCUAUGAGGAAUAUGAAUGCAAAAUCUGCUACAACUUUUUCGACCUCGACCGUCGGGCGCCCAAGAUCUUGGAGUGUCUGCACACGUUUUGCGAGGAGUGUCUGCACGCGUUGCAGCUGUGCGAGGAGCGGCCGUGGCGCAUCAGCUGCCCCGUGUGCCGCCACCGCACGCCGGUCCCGGACUACCGGAUCCAGAACCUGCCUAACAACACCAAGGUCACGGAGAACUUCCCUCUGUACAUCGACUCGGACCCCGUGCCUCAGGAUGCUCUGCCGCCUCGCCGGCCUCCGCUGCACCCGGCGCUCGUUGCGCUCAGGCGCGAGGAGGACGCGUCCAUGGCUGGUCACGCGACGCCGUCCACCACGACGGUGUCCAACGCGACCACGUUGUCCCAGGACUCGGUCUCGCGCUACGAGAGCUGCCAAAACUGCAGGCGUCUCGCGCUGACCACCGGAUGCGUGUGCGUCAUCUUCUCAUUACUGUCCAUGCUAGUGCUGCUCUUCAUGGGCCUCAUUUUCGUUCACAGCCACGGCGGGCCGCCCUCGCCCGCGGGACCCCUCUGCCUGUCGGUGGCCAGCAUCCUCGCCAUGGUGUCUGCGAUGGUAACGUGGCUCCUCUACUGGCUCAAAGACCGACCGGAGCACGAGACGGGCCGCUCCUCGGCCACCAGUAACGCGAGCCGGAGAAACGCGUGACAGGAGAUGAGCAUCGUAUGACAAGCCCUUAAAGCGUUUAUUAAUACUAGUUAGUUUCUUUUCAUGUUA